UCAAAAAAAACAAAAUCAAAGAGAAAGAAUUGGCAUGCAGCUUGCAUGCCCGUCCUGCACACCUCAGCCGUGAUGAUCCACGGUUUCCAGAGCAGACACCACACCUUCUCCUUUGGGUCCUGGAAGCUGACGGCGGCCAAGACCCACAUCAUGAAGUCAGUGGAUGUGGAGAAGUUAGCGGAUGAAUUACAUAUGCCAUCUCUCCUGGGAAUGAUGUUUGGAGACAACGUUUUAAGAAUCGAGCAUGGUUCUGGCUUUGGGAUUGAGUUCAAUGCUACAGAUGGUUUAAAAUGUGUAAACAACUACCAAGGAAUGCUUAAAGUAGCUUGUGUUGAAGAGUGGCAGGAAAGCAGAACGGAAGGUGAGCACUCUAAAGAGGUUGUUAAAUCAUAUGAUUGGACCUAUACAACAGAUUAUAAAGGAACAUUACUUGGGGACUGUCUUAAACUAAAGGUUGUACCUGUACCAGAUCAUACAGAUACAGAGAAAUUGAAAGUCAGAGAGCAUAUUAAAUUUUUUGAAGAAGUUCUCCUCUUUGAGGAUGAACUUCAUGAUCAUGGAGCUUCAAGCUUCAGUGUGAAAAUUGGAGUAAUGCCUUCUAGCUUUUUCUGCUGUUGUGGUUUUUCUUGA